AUGGCCCCCGCCGUCGGUAUCGACCUGGGAACUACCUACUCCUGUGUAGGCAUUUUCCGCGAUGACCGCAUCGAGAUCAUUGCCAACGAUCAGGGAAACCGCACGACGCCGUCCUUUGUUGCCUUCACCGACACCGAGCGCCUGAUCGGAGACUCCGCAAAGAACCAGGUCGCCAUGAACCCCGCCAACACUGUCUUCGAUGCGAAGCGCCUCAUCGGUCGCAAGUUCGCCGACCCUGAGGUGCAGGCCGACAUGAAGCACUUCCCAUUCAAGGUCAUCGAGAAGCAGGGCAAGCCUGUCGUUCAGGUCGAGUUCAAGGGCGAGACAAAGACCUUCACCCCCGAAGAGAUCUCUUCGAUGGUGUUGACCAAGAUGCGCGAAACUGCCGAAUCCUAUCUUGGAGGCACAGUUAACAACGCUGUUGUCACAGUCCCCGCCUACUUCAACGACUCCCAGCGCCAGGCCACAAAGGAUGCUGGUCUCAUCGCCGGCCUAAAUGUCCUCCGUAUCAUCAACGAGCCUACUGCGGCUGCUAUCGCCUAUGGUCUUGACAAGAAGGCUACCGGCGAGCGCAACGUCCUCAUCUUCGAUCUCGGUGGCGGCACCUUUGAUGUGUCUCUCCUCACCAUCGAGGAGGGCAUUUUCGAAGUCAAGUCAACGGCUGGUGACACCCACCUGGGUGGUGAAGACUUCGACAACCGACUCGUGAACCACUUCGUCUCUGAGUUUAAGAGGAAACAUAAGAAAGAUCUUACGACCAAUGCUCGUGCUCUGCGUCGUCUCCGCACUGCUUGCGAGCGUGCCAAGCGCACACUCUCUUCCUCGGCCCAGACCUCGAUCGAGAUUGAUUCCCUGUAUGAGGGUGUAGACUUUUACACGUCAAUCACUCGAGCACGCUUCGAGGAGCUCUGCCAGGACCUUUUCCGCUCCACCAUGGAGCCGGUCGAGCGUGUCCUCCGUGACGCUAAGUGCGACAAGACGUCUGUCCACGAGAUCGUCUUGGUCGGAGGCUCCACUCGUAUCCCGAAAAUCCAGAAGAUGGUCUCCGACUUCUUCAACGGCAAGGAGCCCAACAAGUCCAUCAACCCCGACGAAGCUGUUGCUUACGGUGCCGCUGUCCAGGCCGCCAUCUUGUCCGGUGAUACUUCCUCGAAGUCGACCAACGAGAUCCUACUCUUGGAUGUCGCCCCUCUUUCCAUCGGUAUCGAGACCGCUGGUGGUGUCAUGACGCCUCUCAUCAAGCGCAACACCACCAUUCCGACUAAGAAGAGCGAGGUCUUCUCCACUUUCAGCGACAACCAGCCCGGUGUGCUCAUCCAGGUCUACGAGGGUGAGCGUGCUAGGACCAAGGACAACAACCUGCUCGGGAAGUUCGAGCUCACCGGUAUUCCGCCUGCGCCUCGUGGAGUUCCGCAAAUCGAGGUUACGUUCGAUGUUGACGCCAACGGUAUCAUCAACGUCUCAGCUCUCGAGAAGGGAACAGGAAAGACGAACAAGAUUGUUAUUACCAACGACAAGGGCCGUCUAUCCAAGGAGGAGAUUGAGCGGAUGUUGGCCGAAGCUGAGAAGUACAAGGCCGAAGACGAGGCUGAGGCAGCUCGUAUCUCUGCCAAGAACGCUCUCGAGUCAUACGCCUACUCGCUGCGCAACACCAUGAACGACUCCAAGGUCGACGAGAAGCUCGAUGCGUCCGACAAGGAGAAGCUGAAGUCCGAAAUCGACAAGAUCGUGGCUUGGCUCGACGACAACCAGCAGGCCACCAAGGACGAGUACGAGUCACAGCAGAAGGAGCUUGAAUCGAUCGCCAACCCGAUCAUGAUGAAGUUCUACGGCGCUGGCGGCGAGGGUGGUAUGCCCGGUGGCAUGCCCGGCGGUGCUGGCGGCUUCCCCGGCGGUGCUCCGGGCGGUGGCCACUCCGACGACGGCCCGACCGUCGAGGAGGUUGACUAA